CAGGGAGACAUCAUCCUCCAACCAUGCUGGCUGGGGUGUUGACUCAAUCCAGACAUGAGGACAGGCGCCGCGCCCUGCCCAGCAGACCUUACAGCUUUACAUCAAUGCAACUGAGUCACACGCAUCCUUUGCCUGGACCACACAAUACCUGAUAGAAACACAUCAGCUCCAGGCCUACUCACCCAAGAGGACACUGCCUUAGAGACUGCCCCCUCCCCGACCCCAGAAGACUUCAUUGAUCUUGAGUCCAACACUGGAUGACCAAGGCCCAAUGGAGUUUCGGUGCACAGAAGAGGAUCCUAGACCUGGGAUACCCAGAACAGAGUUGGGAGACCAGCAACAACCCAUCUCUGAGUCCCAGGGCUGGUGCUGUCUGCAGCGUGGCUGUGCGGUACUGGGAGCCCUGGGGCUGCUGGCUGGAGCAGGUGUCGGCUCAUGGCUCCUAGUACUGUAUCUAUGGCCGGCUGCCUCUCCACCCAUCUCCGGGACCUUGCAGGAGGAGGAGGUGACUCUGAACUGCCCAGGAAUCAGCAGUGAGGAAGAGCUUCUCCCAUCUCUUCCCAAAACAGUAUCCUUCAGAAUAAAUGGCGAGGAUCUCCUGCUUGAAGUGCAAGUAAAGGCUCGGCUAGACUGGCUCCUGGUGUGCCACGAGGGCUGGACCCCCGCCCUGGGGAUACACAUUUGCCAGAGUCUCGGGCACCUCAGGCUCACUCAGCACAAGGCAGUGAAUCUGUCUGACAUCAAGCUCACCAGAUACCAGGAGUUUGCUCAGCUGUCUGCUAGACUGGGAGGCCUCCUACAGGAAGCCUGGCAGCCCAGCUCUAACUGCCCUUCUGGCCGAAUUGUUUCUCUCAAAUGUUCCGAGUGUGGGGCAAGGCCUCUGGCUUCUCGAAUAGUUGGCGGUCAAGCUGUGGCUUCUGGGCGCUGGCCGUGGCAAGUGAGUGUGACGCUUGGCUCCCGGCACACGUGCGGGGGUUCUGUGCUGGCACCCCACUGGGUGGUGACUGCUGCCCACUGCAUGUACAGUUUCAGACUGUCCCGCCUGUCCAGCUGGCGGGUUCAUGCAGGGUUGGUCAGCCACAGCGCUGUCCGACAACACCAGGGAACCAUGGUGGAGAAGAUCAUUCCCCACCCUUUGUACAGCGCCCAGAACCAUGACUAUGAUGUCGCCCUCCUGCAGCUCCGGACUCCACUCAACUUCUCAGACACUGUGGGCGCUGUGUGCUUGCCAGCCAAGGAGCAACACUUUCCAAGAGGGUCUCAGUGCUGGGUGUCUGGCUGGGGCCACACCGACCCCAGCCACACUCAUAGCUCAGACAUGCUGCAGGACACAAUGGUACCCCUGCUCAGCACCCACCUCUGCAACAGCUCAUGCAUGUACAGCGGGGCACUCACACACCGCAUGCUGUGUGCCGGCUACCUGGACGGGAGGGCAGAUGCAUGUCAGGGGGACAGCGGGGGACCCCUAGUGUGUCCCAGUGGUGACAUGUGGCACCUCGUAGGGGUGGUCAGCUGGGGCCGUGGCUGUGCGGAGCCCAAUCACCCAGGCGUCUAUGCCAAGGUAGCAGAGUUCCUGGACUGGAUCCACGACACUGUGCGGGUCCGCUAGCUACAGGAGAAGCAGCUGCAGCCUCGGAUGCAGAACUGUGGAUCUCCCAUGGAUCAUCCCAGUUGGAGGGCCAGCAGCUGGGUCACUGGACCUCUCUCCUAAGGCUCUGAUUUCCAGUUCCUCUUUCUCACUGGAGAGCCUCCACAGCAGGAAAGAGGCUGGAGCUGGAUUGGGAAUGAUGGGGAGAGGAAGGGGUAAGAGAAGAAGCCACAGAAGAAGCUUCUGGAAGCAUCUGGGAGACUCCUUCUGCCCUCCCUGGAUUCCAUGUGCAUCUAUUGGGAGGAUGCUGGAGGUGCCUCAAGGCUGCUUUCUCCUGGAGCCUCAGGAGGGCUAAGUCCAACUCUAGAGAAUACCCUAUCUCCAGGGUUCCUGGGCAGAUGAGGUCAAGGUUGGACUAGGUCAGGUAAAGACAUGGAAUCCUCCCCCCUACCCCACUGGUCCUGUUCUGAGCUAACUCUAGUAGCCCUGCAUGAGGCAGGAGUCUAUAAUGCAAGAGAGAUGGAGCUGGGCUAGGAUGCCAUUUUUCAAAUGACCGUUCUGGGAACUGGUUGAAAGAGAUUUGUUAUUAAAUGGAAAGUGUGUAUAA